AUGUCCUCUUUUUGUUUAUACGGAAUAUUGUUCCUUAUAUGUGCACAAAGUGUUACAUCAUUUCGAAAAGGAAGUUCGGUCUGCCUUUUAGAUUAUGAUGAGGGCAUAUGCAGAGCUCUGAUAAAACGUUUCUACUACGACAGAGUAAAUAAAACGUGUGAAGUAUUUUAUUAUGGUGGGUGUCUUGGAAAUAGAAACAACUUUCUAAGCAAACAAGAAUGUGAACAGAAGUGUAAUGGGACGAUUUACAUAACAGAAAAUUCAUUCGAAACAACUAGACAAACGGAAGCAACAUCAACAUCGACCGACCAAUCAGAUAGUACUGAAGCAACAACCCCUACUCAGAAACCACUUGGAGUUGGUGCUAAAAUAUUCUUAGGUAUUCUGGAUAUAAAAAACAGACUGUCCAAUUUAUUCAACAAAGUCAAAGGUGGUAAAUAA